AUGGCCGCGGAAAUUCUUCAUGAGCUGCAGCUGCAGCACACCACCCCGCAAAAUGCGCUCCAGAAUCAAGACAUCGAUAUCGACGUAACAACGACUGAAAAACCCCUACAACAAAACAACAGUCUCGACCAUCCGAAGAAGAGAUUCGCACUAGAACGUUGUAACCCCGGUCCUCCAGCCUCGCGCCCGCGAACCCCGCAGGAUAUCGUUGAGAACCGGGCGGAGGGUAAGCUUGACACAUCAUCUAGCGAACUGAGCAUUGGUGACUUCGAGCUGCUACAAACACUGGGUACAGGCACAUUUGCUCGAGUAUGGCUGGUUCGCCUCUUGAAGCACACAGGUAAAUUUAAGAACGGAGCAUAUGCGCUUAAGGUUCUUCAUAAGGCGGAUGUUAUAAAACUGAAACAGGUUGAGCAUGUCCGGAAUGAAAUCGAAACCCUAAAUGCUGUUGCUGGGCACCCUUUCAUCACUACCCUGGUCGCCACAUUUACAGACGAUCUGAGCUUAUAUAUGUUGCUCGAAUAUUGCCCAGGAGGAGAGAUUUUCACAUUCUUGAGACGCGCGCGGAGGUUUGACGUGUCGACUGCCCAAUUUUAUGCUGCGGAAAUCGUCUUAAUUCUUGAAUUUCUCCACGACGUCCAUGGCAUCGCGUACCGCGACCUCAAGCCCGAAAACAUCCUCCUUGACGCAGAUGGCCACCUGAAACUCGUUGAUUUCGGAUUUGCGAAAGAGAUUUGGAGCAGGGAAACCUACACACUCUGCGGUACGCCAGAGUACCUAGCACCAGAAGUCAUCCAUAACUCCGGCCACGGCCUAGCUGUUGAUUGGUGGGCUCUGGGCGUCCUGAUAUACGAGUUCAUAGUCGGACAACCUCCAUUCUGGGACCCAAAUCCCAUGCGCAUAUACAAACAGAUUGUUGAUGGGGUCCUACGAUUUCCUGCCAACAUGCCCCCAGCCGCGCAGGAUAUUGUAUCUCGGCUGUGCCAAACGAACCCAUCCGAGCGCCUGGGUCACAUUAAGGGGGGAUCCGCCAGAGUGAAGCAACAUUCCUUCUUCAAGGGAGUCAAUUGGGAUGAUAUUUACCACCGACGAAUGAAGGGACCCAUAGUCCCCCGUGUGGAUUCCCCGACCGAUGCAGGGAAUUUCGAAAUUUACCCGGACCCUCCACACCCGUCGGAGCUUGCUCCGUACACGAAGGAUAUGAGAGACGCGUAUGAGCAUAUGUUCAAGACUUUCUAA